UCUCUCUCUCUCUCUCUCUCUCUCCUCUCUCUCUCCGUGUCUCUCUCUCCUCUCUCUCAGUGUCUCAGUAUCUCUCCAGUGAUAAGCUGGGACCUUUUGCACGUUUCAAGCGUGCCUAACCUCCUUCUAACUCCAACAGCAGGGGAGCACCAGCUGUUGAUCCCUCGCCACCAUGGCGUCCAAGUCGCAAAGUGGGUUGGCCGUCCCGGAGACGGUUCCAUGGAUGCACCUGACCAGCGGGUUCCUGGCUCCCCUCGGAAUCGACACAGACAGAUCUCGCCCGGCAACACACGUAAGCUAGGAAUGACCAGGAAGAAGGAGAGAAGGGAUCUACAAGAUGAUGAGGACCCAGAAGAGAAGGAGAGAAAACAUAAAGAGCUUGAACUGAAGCCGUUGUAUCGGGAGCUGCUGUACACCAUCGUCCACAAACUGGGGAAGCCUGCCUCCAGCGAGAUCUUCUCAGACGGACAGCUCCACAGCUACAUCAGAGAAGCCUUCCCGAUGAGCCAAUCAGAGCACGACAGCUUGAUGGAGAAAGUCCGGAGUUGUGAGCCCCCUGUGUACUGUCUGAUGGCCACGGUGAAGGAGGCCAAGGGGAUUCUGGGAAAAGACAUCAGUGGGUUCAGCGACCCCUACUGCCUGCUGACCAUCCUGGAGGAUGAGAAGGAGAGUCGCGCUCGGAGCUCCAGGGCCAAACCCCGCAAGUCGGUGGUGAAGGACGCCGCGGCGGACGAGAGCAUCUACAGAACGGAAAUCAAGUGGCAGACCCUCAACCCUGUCUGGAAUGAGAUCUUCAUACUUGAGUUUGAGGACACCGAAGGAGCGAGUUUCCACUUAGAGAUGUGGGACAGAGAUGAGCAGCUGUCUCUGGCCCAGAAACUAGAGGACCUCAAGACCAACUUCAACAGUCUGAGAAGGAUGAUCAAAGACGCCAAAAAGGAAAAGGGGGCAGACGACUUUCUGGGAAAGAUUGUCUUAAAGCUUCAGGACCUCCGAUGCACAGAGGACAGCUGGUACGAGCUGGAGCCCCGGACUGAGACGUACCCCGACCGCGGGCGCUGCCACCUCAACCUCAAGUUCAUCCACAAAGAGAGAGAUGCGACCCUGAGCGCUGGACGGGGCGCCUACACCAACUACUGCGGCAUCCUGCAGAAGUUCGUCCAGGCGUUCAUCACCAAGCAGCAGGAGGGGGUCCCGUGGAAGGGAGAGAUGAGCGGCGAGGGUCAGAUGCUGCUGGAGCUGUACGCCACGCAGAACAACCUGCCGCUCUUCCAGCAGGACAUAGGGAAGUGGGUGGCGUACAGUAAACUGUACCAGAGCUUAGAGGUGGACUCCUCUGUGCUGUUCCAGCAGAUCACCAGCAUAGAGUAUCACUGGCACCAGAAAGAGCCGCCGCACCAGCAGAAACAAGAGCUCCGGGAUUCUCUGCACGGGUUCCUCCGUCACGGCCUGGACCUGGUGUCCAAGUACCGGGACAUCUUCCCCCCCACUCCGAAAGCCACCCCCCGACUGCACACCCUGCUCAGGAUUCUGGUGCAGAUCUGUAAGAUGAAGGCCUUCCAGAAGCUGAACCCAGCUGACUUUGAGCUGCAGGCGGAGGUCAGAGCUGCGGUGCAGGAAGGGACUGAGGACUGGUUCAAAACGAAGAAGGGUUUACACCAACCGAUGACCAAGGAACUGGCCGAGAUUGUGGGCGCCCUUGCACACCUGACCAACGAAGUGCAAGAGGACGUGAAGAACUGCAAAACUGUCUAUAACCGGGUGUUUGUCAGCACUGUGCAGGUGGAUAUGUUCACCGUUGUCUAUCAGCGGAUUGACUCCCUGCUCGCUGAGGAGCUGCGGGUGUCCUUCCUCCUGAUGGAGGGCCUGAUGGAGCCGGCGUUGGCCAGCAGCCUGUUCCCCGUCUACCUCAGCCUGCAGUCCAUCCACAAGGACAAGGCCUUCCUGCAGAAGAGGGACUACAUAGAGCUGACCGACUUCCACGAGCGGUUCCGUGACGCCCUGCCCUACUGGCUGAACAAGGCCUUCAGCACCACCCUGGACCGGGUGGAGCGGGCGGUGCAGGUUGACCAGCUCAAGCCCCUGCAGACGGGUUCGGUGCUCAAGCACAGCUCCUCGGCCGUGGACCUGGUGACGUGUGUGCAGCCCAUCUGCCGGCUGUGGGAGCAGCUGUCCUGGCCCGACCCCGAGGAGGGCUUCAUGCUCAUGGUCAAGCUCACCGAGGACGUGUGUAGGAUCGUGGUCACCUACUGCCAGCUCCUGAAGGGGCGUGUCCGGGUGCUGUCGGAGGACUCGGACCACGGAGUGGCCGUCAACAUGCUGUGCGUGGUGGUCAACGACCUGGAGCACCUCCGCUCCGUGCUGACCCGCCUCCCCACCCAGCUCAACUGGGGGCUCCGGGAACGCACCAAUCACGUGAUCGCAGAGAGCCAGUUCAGCAACACCCUGGACUCCCAGCUGCGGCAGGCCCAGGGGGUGCUGGAGAAGGAGAUCCGCUCGGCCCUGGACACCCUCAGCAGACAGCUGAACACAGACAUUGAGACCCACGUGAAGAGCAUGACCACCAGGCGCCGGAUCCCCUCCAAGUCCACAGAGGACGCGGUGGGUCCCCUCAUGGUGUUCCUGGAGAGAGAGCUCACCUACCUGAACGAGAACCUGGUCCAGGAGAACUUCAACAGCAUGCUGACCCCUCUGUGGACCAACUCAGUGAAGAGCCUCCACCAGGUGGCCUCCGAGCACUCCCAGCUGGAGGGCCUGAUGGUCUUCGCCCAGCGGCUGCUGUACACCCUUGAGUGUCUGGAGCAGUGCUUCCAUGCCGAGGGGAACGGGCUGCCCCUGCUGGCGCUGCAGUCUGAAGAGUACAAGGCCCUGAAGGCCCACCUCACCUCCAACUCCCUCAGCAGCCAGCAGCUCAUCGAGAGGUUUCUAGAGAGGAAGGUCACCCAGCAGAACGUGUACGGCGCGGAGCGCUACGGGGCCGUCACGCUGCUCAUCUCCUACCGGCGCUCGGACCACCGGCUGUGUGUGGAGGUCCUGAACGCCGUCAACCUCCUCCCCAUGGACUCCAACGGCUUCAGCGACCCCUUUGUGGAGCUGAGCCUUGAGCCAGUCCACGUCUUCCCCGAGGUCGAGACCCGCCGCACGCAGAUCCGGUACUGCGACCUCAACCCCCUCUUCGACGAGGCCUUCGAAUUCCUGGUGUCCCUGGAGCAGUGCCGGGCCCCUGGGGCCUGCCUGGUGGUGACGGUGCUGGACUACGACAAAAUGACCCGGGACGACUUCGAGGGCGAGGCCUUCCUGGCCCUGAAGGCCGUCCCGGGGGUGGCGGGGGGGGGGGAGGAGGCCGGGGAGCCACCGCAGGAGGAGUUCUCCUUCAGUGUCAACACCCCACCUGCGCAUCGCCUGCCUCUGAUGCACCCCAAGCCCAACGACGACAGCAUCCUGAAGCUACUGGAGUCCCGGAAGGGAGAGCGGGACGCCCAGGCCUUCGUGAAGACGCGUCGACGGCGGGAGAAGCAGUCCCAGGAGGGGCUCCAGCAGUCCUAACCCAACACUGAGACACAGGCAGCGAGACAACAGCUUCUUCCAAAAAUAUACAUUUAUUGAUGGAUAACAAAAAACGUGGGUAGAGAAUGAAACACUGAUGCUGGACACGUUGUCGGGGUUGCGGACGGUCUCGAUCCGGUUUUGACCAGCGGCCGUCUGCAUGACCUCAUGUGUACCCCCCCCCCCCCCCCCCCCCAAUAUUAUUCCAUGACCUCGUCUCAUCAGUACAACAGAAGAGUCGUGACAUCUGCUAACUAUGUAAAUGUUUGUAUAUUUCGUUUUUAAUGGACUUUUUCUGAUAUAUGGUAAUAUUUGAGAGAUUACUACAAAUGUAAAAAAAAAAAAAAACUAAAAACAAACAAAACAACAUGGCCGACAAAAUGGCGCGCCAUCGAUUAGAAAGUCUAACGGUCCGGUCAUGUGACCAGGCUCUCCAGACCAAAGAUAUGAAAAAAUAUAGAUGUAAUUUCAAAAGAC